AUGACGACCAUCAGCACCUUUGCCAUCGACACUCUGCGUAGUCGUUUGACGACAGCGAUCAUUUAUACGCCUGGGACGGAUGGGUAUGAGGAAAGUCUGGUCCGGUGGUCGGAUACUGGGAGGAAACGCGCUGGAGUUGUGGUUCAACCAAUUGACCCGAUAGAUAUUCAAGCCGCUCUGCUCUGGGCACGGGAAGAAGACAUCGAUAUCGCCGUCAAGGGCGGUGGUCACUCAACAGCUGGCACCAGCUCCAGUGACGGCGGGCUGGUUAUUGACCUAUCACGAAUGAACAAGGUAACUGUGGAUUGCACGAACAACACUAUCACAGCGCAGGGUGGUGCGACGUGGAAGGAAGUUGACAAUGGGGGCGCUCUUCAUAACCUGGUCACCGUCGGAGGCACUGUCAAUCAUACCGGCGUUGGGGGUCUCACUCUGGGUGCAGGGUAUGGCUGGCUAUCGGGUCAGCUUGGCUUGACGAUUGACAAUCUGUUGUCUGUGUCGGUUGUCCUUGCGGAUGGGAGUCUCGUCAAGGCUUCUGCGACCGAACAUCCGGAGUUGUUCUGGGGUCUGCGAGGUGCGGGCUACAACUUUGGCGUGGCUGUGGAAUUUACUUACCAAGCUUAUGAGAGAGCUAAUCCUGUCUAUGCGGGCCUCAUGGCUUUCCCUCCUCAUCAACUAGAGAAAGUGAUUCAGCUAUUGAAUGGCCUUCUGGCAGAGCCAGACUCUCGCGCCGGUGCCAUGUGUUUCUUUGCCCAGGCACCCGAUGGUUCUGGACCGAUGGUAAUUGUCAUUUGCUUCUACGAUGGUACGAAGGAGGAGGGUCAAGCGCAAUUCGCUGGAUUUCUCGCCUUGGAGCCUGUUCUCAAUACUGUUGACAUGAUUCCAUACGCCACAGUCAACACCUUGCAAAACCCCUCCGCCACCUAUGGGGACCGCAAAGCAUUCAAGGGGAUAUUCUUCGAGCCACCACUGGAUCCAAAAUUUGUGCGGUCUAUUUUUGACGACUUCAUGGCUAAGUUGAAAAGCGAGCCCGACUUGAAGGCCUCUGCUAUCAUUCUGGAAUUCAUUGACAUGCGCAAGAUUUGCGAAGUCCCGCUGUCUGCUACUGCCUUCGCCAGUCGAAACUCAACCCAGAAUGGAUUACUUGCUCUUCGAUGGACGGAUGCCAGCAAAGAUUUGGAGCACAGGGCGUGGGCGCGCGAGGCCCAGGCUAAGUGGAAGGCGGAGCUAGAUGCGCAAGCCAAGGGGCACGAGGCCGGUGAAUAUGUGCCUCAAUACAUCAACUAUGCCGAGCCGGGUGACUCUGUCGUACCGAAUAUCUACGGUGAGAAUCUUGCACGCUUACAGAGGGUCAAAUCCCAGUACGAUCCGACAAAUGUUUUCAACAAAAUGCAUCCCAUUUCGGUAGCCCCUUCCAAUUAG